GUCUAUCUCUCAAUUUUCGUCCUUUUUUGCUUUAAACUUUUUGUCAAGAUCAGCUUAAACAUACUGACUCACUUCUAUGUGGUUAAAGGAAAUCGUAAGGAGGCGGCCCGGAUCGCAGCCGAGUUCUACGAUUUUGGCCAAGGGCACACCCUGUUUAUCACGAUCUCAAUAACAUGCAAAUGACCUGACUUGAAGUUGAAAUGCUAGAUACAAACUAGCCUAACUGAGACGAACGUCAAACAUUUUACAAUCUUUUUUUUUUUUUGAUAAAUGUUAAGGACGUACAAGCGGGUAAAUUCAUUAAAAAUCCUGACUCUAUUACUAGCUAUUUGUGUCGGAAUAACAGUGGCACCGUUCUAAUCUUAACUUGCGAUAUAAAUAGUUUAACGGGCAGGGACACGGUAGCCUACAGUAGAUACUGUUGAAGAUUUACCUCAUGAAUAUAAAUUACGUUUCGUGACGUACGUCCAGUAGGCGUGCGCUCGUCAGUUUACUAUGGCAAAGGCUCGGCUUAUGAAUAUUAAUUACGUUACGUGACUGGAUGCUCGAGAAAGCUUACCAAAUAACGUCAGCGUGACCUUAUUAAUAUUCAUAUGGCAAAUCUUUGCUGUAGCCAACACGACUCUACCGAGAUCUGAAACAACAACAAGCCGAGCAGCCAAUCAGAGAGAAGCGCUAUAGUCUCGCUCUAUCCUGUGUAAAGAGGAGGACCCAGACCUGAUGCAAACAUGCCUGAAGUUCCCUGCGGUGAACCCAAGUAUUCAGAUAAUACUCCCAAGAAAAGAAAGCGAGAGGACGUCGAGGAUUUUUCUGCGAAAAAGAAAUCGCGCUGGGGUAUUUUGAUUAGUCAAGGCUAUGGCGUAUAUGUAUCAAUGGCUAGAUGUGCCGUGGGGCGACGGAGACAUGGGUUCAUGGGCGGAUCGUUCUCCACUCCAUGAAGCUGCGUGCCAGGGUAGACUUCUGGCUCUUAAGACUCUUCUCUCACAGGGUUACAAUCCAAAUAUCAUCACUAUUGAUCAUGUGACUCCGCUACAUGAAGCAUGUCUGGGCGAUCAUGUGGCAUGUGCCAGGGCUCUCAUAGAGGCCGGUGCCAAUGUGAAUGCCACGACCAUUGACGGCGUGACCCCGCUGUUUAACGCCUGCUCGGCAGGAAGUUUCACCUGUACAGAGGUGCUUUUGGAACAUGGAGCAAAACCACAGGCAGAAGUGUGCCAACCUUCGCCCAUUCACGAGGCCUCUAGCAAAGGCAGGGCAGCAUGUAUAGAGUCUCUUAUCUCGUGGGGAGCAGAUGUAGAUUACGACAUCCCCCAUCUAGGAACACCUCUCUACAUUGCCUGUGCCUCCCAGCAGCUCCAGUGUACACAGAAACUUCUGGAUGGAGGAGCCAAUGUGCAGAAGGGCCGUUUCCUGGACACUCCACUACACGCUGCAGCACAGAAGGACUGUCCAGAUAUCAUCAGACUGCUGCUAGAGUUUGGUGCUAACAUCAACGCUCGCAACCUGGAGCUGCAAAGACCGGUGGAGACGGCGCCACCCAGCAGUACGGCAGAGUCUGCGCUCCUUCUGUAUGAAGCCACGCCACAGUCUCUGUGUCAGCUGUGUAGACUGAGUAUCCGAAACUAUAUGGGCCGAUCCAGACUGCACCUGAUUCCUCACCUCAAACUGCCUACUUUGCUCAAGAGUUUCCUCCAGUACAGAUAACUCCACAAAGCCCCUCCCCUUUUUAUUUUCUUAUAUUAAGUGCAUUAACAUACAAAAAGGUCAUCCAAUCUUGUUUGUGACCACCAGCACACAGAAAGCAUGAUUACGCUAGCCAUUCAUUUCACUUCUUCUAAGUUCAAAUGUUUAUUUUUUAAAUACUUAUAUAUUUUUGUGCGACUACUGAACAUCAUUUAAAUUUUUGUAAAUAAUAUAUUCACAACAUUAGUGUAAAUUUGUCAUUUGUAACCUGUACAAUAUAAGCUGCAUGCCUAAUAAGAUACAAAUGUAUCAUGUCAGGUUGAAAUUAUUAAAGUGCAUGUCAGUAUAGAGAAUUUUCUAUUUUUUAUCACACUAAUGUAAAAAAGAAGAGUAUAACUGUUCAGUAUUCAGAUGCUAUCAAUAUUUUCACAGCUUCCCAAGCUGCAUCAUGAACUGUGUAGAAAAUAAAAUAAGAAACUGCAUCUAAUGCAGUACUUUUGCUAAUCAUUUUGUUGCCAAAAAAAAAAAAAAAAAAAAAAAAGCAUGAUAAGAUAUGAAACUUACAAAUAAAGAAAAAUAUGUAAAAAUA